CCAUUACCUUCGGGCUUCUCAGUAUACAGCAUAUUUGCUACUUGGGAGUAUUAUCUUUGAAUCACUCUAUUACUAAUUCAUCUUUAUUCAUACCAUGGAAACAAAUAAUAUUCAUCACUUGCGUCGUCAAGUUGCCAACCUUAGGCAGUCCCUUUUCGAUCAGGGAUAUGUUGAUGAACAAUUUAUUGAGUUGGAGGAGCUACAAGAUGAUGCUACUCCUAACUUCGUUGAGGAAGUCGUUACUUUGUUUUGUAAAGAUUCUGCUCGUUUAAUACAUAUCAUUGACCAGACCCUGGAAAACCAUCCUGUUGAUUUUGCAAAGCUUGACAACUAUAUGUACCAAUUCAAGGGCAGUAGUUCAAGCAGCAUUGGAGCCAAGAAGGUUAAAACUAAAUGUACACAAUUCAUGGAAUACUGCAGAGCAGAAAAUGUGGAAGGAUGCAAGAGAACUUUUCAGCAAUUAAAGGAAGAAUAUACAACACUCAGAAGGAAACUGGAAAUUUAUUUUCAGUAUGCAAGACAAGUUGGACCAACCGAGACAGCGUCCUGCACCCAAAGUAAAUCUGUUAAUUAGGAAUACAUUGUAAAGUUAAAAAAAAAAGUGAAAUAAAGCUCACACUAUACAUAGAGCAGGGCUCGUCAAAAAUGCAAGAAAAAAUGCACUAUUCCCUUUUCCUUCUUAAACAUAAUAACUAAGGGAAGGAUUUGUAUUAUCAUUAGUAUUUAAGUGGCACUUUAUGAAAUAUAUGAAGGCUUUUUUC